AUGGUCGUUCUGACCUGUGUCACCCUUCUGCUUGCUAAGAUAAGCUCAGUGCUGAACCUGGAGGAGGGGCUCUUCAAUGGGAACUUCAGCUUCGGAGUCAACUUGUCCAAUUUGUUUACGGACAAUCAUGUGAAGAUAAGCGAAUUAAAGAUAAAUGCUGCCUACCUGUUUGAUCCAUCUCCCCGAAUCGAUUUGGACUUGGCGUUAUCGGCCUUAAAGGGGAUACAAGCUAUCGGCGAGAGGGGUAGCCGUGGUGGAAGAGAAUGGGAGGACAUUUCCACAACAGGGAUCGCCUCUCCCUAUGGAGGGGGAACAAACCCGUGGAGCCGUAUAUCGAGAGAAGACUUCUUUAAAAGGCAAGAACAGACGGAAGAUCUCAUGAAAGGUAUGCCCAUGCCCUACCACAUAAACAACAUUGCAGAUGCGGUUCGAGAGAUCAAUUUUUAUUUCAACCAAGGGGGUAGGACUCACCAAGAGGAUCUAAUAUACAGAGGAACAUACCCCCCGGAGAUUUACACAGAUUGGUACAUAAUCAUCGCAAUCUCCCUUAUGUACUGUUUUUGUAUUAAAAUAAUCUGUGAGGGAUACAUGCGGGGGAAGAACGUUGCGAAGAAAUACAUAGCGAAAGUAUCGACAUUAUUUUUCUUCUUCUUAGUAUUAAAAAAUUUGUUAACUUAUUUCCCAGCCAUGUUAUCUUCAACCGUCUGUCUCAUCAUGACAUUUUAUUUCUACUCCGUAUCGAUGAACCCUUGCGAAAAGAUACACUUUUUAAAAAAAUCGAGCAUUAAAAAACAACCCAUAGGAUGGAUUCUAAUCGUAUUUGCACAAUCUAUAAUCAUUGGAAAUAUUUUAUACCAUGCUGUAUGUACCCCCCGAGUGUUAAUCAUUCUGUCCAGCUAUGUACCAAAUGAAGUUCUGCUAAAGAUGGUUUGUCUCCUUUUUCUUUUAAUCAUCGGAUACAUGAUAUUUUUACUAAUGAUAAGUAACCUUGUAUCAGCAAAGAAGGCACAGAAUUUUGUAUUUUCCUUCACGUCAUCUUAUUUAAUUGUAUCUUGCUGUACAUACUUUUACAAUGUGUUUUCUCUAACGGUGUGGAAGAAUACGAGCAUAUUUCAGAUCGAACCAAUGAUGUUUUUUUCAUACUCUCCUAAAUUUGUUUUUAAUGCUCAGAAUGUAAGUGCGAUGGUUGUUACGUUUGUGAUCACCGCCUUGUCUAUGUCGCUGGGCAGGAUACUGAAGAUCAUCCGGGGGGGGUUCUCUUCCCAGGGGGGGAAACGGAAAAAAGGGGACUCCUCAGGAGCGCGCACUACGUACGACGUUAUUAUGAACUGCUUUGCUUGA